GAUUUUCGAUCGGUCUUUCAUCGCGCAAACGCCAAAUGAGUAUCGGCCCUACUUUCUACGCUACUCCGUCUGUAUUCUGUAUUACGAGAAAAACCGAGCGCGGAAAGGGGUUUGUCUAGUUCAUUCGAGGGCACGGAUCUUCCAUUCGAUACCGCAACAAUGAAAAUGCAGGGAACGUCUUUGACUAGCUUGAAAAAACAUCCAGCUCUUCUACCACUGUACUUCUGUAUAGGAUUAGGAGGAGCUAUGGCAGUUUUUUACACGUUACGUUUGGCGGUUCGCAGUCCUGACGUCUCCUGGGCGAAUAAAAAGGAGUCCGAGCCGUGGAAUGAAUAUAAAGAGAAACAAUAUAAGUUUUACGCUCCACAAACGGAUUACAAAAACCUUAAAAGUCCAGCACCUGAAUAUUGAGCUGUGACAUGUAAACUAGUAUUUGUUGUAGGAAUAAAUUGUUAUAAAAUACUACCUCUAAGUACCUUAUCUCUAAGCUAUGUUCUUGUGACAAAGCGAUAAGAAUGCAGCAAUCUUAAAUUAUUUCUUAAAAAGAAGAAGAAUUCAUUAUUAUUAAAUGUACAUUAUGUAAUAUAAUUUUAAAUAUAGAGAGAAGGCUUAAUAUUUAAUAAAAUAGUAAUCUGCAUAUCUCGUACAAUUGGUAUUAAUGAAGAAAACAAGUUUUA